AGUCAUCCACUUCCUGUACAGUGAACCAGCAGUUCGUUCACACCCUCAUGCAAUGUGUGUGCCUCUAUGGAAAUCAACGUCAGUCAUACCAAUUUGGCAGAGAAGACCAAACGGCCAUUACUGUCAAUGAGAGCCGCAGUGUAGAUUGUGGACUAUUCGGUUUUACAUUUAGCAGGAAACAGGCAUAGAAGCAAGUUGCACCAAGGAUUUUUCAACGUAAGAACUUCGUAUUCAGCAAGCCACAGCUGCUGAGAGCUAGAGGAGGUCAGCUAUCAAGCUGAGAUAGCUAACAAGCUAGACAGCUUCCUUGGGCCAACUGGUGUGUGUCUGCUUGUACCAAGCUGUGUAUGGCAAUGCAGUGGGUAAAAGUCCCACUGGUCGCCGGGCUGGUCGUGGCGGUGUUGUCGCUGCUGUCUGAACACUGUUGGGCGGAUGGUGGGGGCCCAAACCUUGCUGAACGAGUUAUUUGGGCAGUGAACGCUGGCGGGGAAGCUCACACAGACAUGCAUGGCAUUCACUUUAAGAAGGAUCCUUUGGAAGGAAAGCUUGGGAAAGCAUCGGAUUAUGGAGUCCGUCUGCCCAUAUUGCGUUCUAGUCCUGAAGACCAGGUUCUCUACCAGACAGAACGCUACAAUGAGGAUACUUUUGGCUAUGAGGUGCCGAUUCGUGAGGAAGGAGACUAUAUACUAGUCAUGAAGUAUGCAGAAGUCUACUUUGCCCAGUCUCAGCAGAAGGUAUUUGAUGUGCGUCUUAAUGACCAUGUGGUGGUGAAAGACCUGGAUAUCUUUGAGCGGGUCGGUCACAGUACAGCUCAUGACGAAAUAGUGCCUUUCUCCAUACGCCGCGGUAAGCUGAGUGUCCAGGGAGAGGUGUCCACCUUCAACGGCAAGCUCACUGUGGAGUUUGUCAAGGGUUAUUAUGACAACCCCAAGGUCUGUGCUCUGUACGUGAUGAAAGGGACAUUAGACGAUGUACCAAAACUCCAGCCUCACCCUGGACUGGAGAAACGUGAAGAACUUGAGGAGGAGGAGGAAGAGGAGACUGAGGUAGGCGAGGAGGGUGGUAAGAGGAGUUCCUCGACAGCUCCCAAGUACAAGGUCCAGUCAGGCCCCAGAACGCCAAACCCGUAUGCGGCCGACAAUAGCAGCCUCAUGUUCCCUAUCCUGGUGGCGUUCGGUGUGUUCAUCCCUACACUCUUCUGCCUCUGUCGGCUGUGAGAACGUAAGUUCGAGGGGGAAACGGGGACAUGAAGGACAAGAGACUGUGAAGAAGGGGGGGGGGGUCAAAGUGACAUCAAAGACACAAGGCAAGCAUACAGAUGGGAGAGAGCACAAGAUCCAAGGGGAGAAUGGUGAUAACAGAGGACAAAAAAGAGACUACAAAUUUGGAAUGCUGGGCAGGCGGCAGAAUAAAAUGCCUUCCUCACUGACUAAGGUCACACACAGAAAAGGGAAUGGAGAGAGUUUGUGUGUUGUACAUCUGACACCUUUUCACCAUGUGGCACAUUACCACAUCGCAUAGAAAUAAGACAGGAUUUCCCACUUUCAAACCAGGUUUCUCUUGUCUGGCAGGAAGUGCCUGGGAUUAUACUGAGGGGUUCUGAAGUGUUAGUGGCUGUCUCUCUUUAUAGAUACACUUAUUGUUAUGGAUUUGGAUGAGGUGUGGCUUGGAGUGAAGGGAAUGCAGAUAGGCUGCUAUUAUGAUCAACAAAAAAUCAGGCCCAGUAUUUAGUCAGAGAUGGAACAGGAGUUGAAAUCAUGAAAAUGGACAGAUUCUUAAAAAAUUAAUUAAUUUUGAAGAUAUUUUGUUUUAGAGAUUGUGUUGUUGGUGGAAUUUAGGGGGAGAUGGUAACCAAUUUGAUCAGUUAGGCUUUAGAAUGUUGUUUUUUCUUGCUCUUUUUGACUUUUUAUUUCUGUGUUUGAUUAUCUCCCAAUGUGCUGGUGUUUUAGAGCAAAAAUGUACUUUCGCUUUUGAUACAAGAUGUGCCAUAGUCUGAUGAAGACAACAUACCAGUAAUUUCAACAAGUUCAUACUGUUACAGCCUGUUCUUUGCAGCACAUUGACAUUUCAUGUGCUGUUUUAUAAGACUGCUGAUGAAGUGUUAUCACAUUCAAGGUGGGUUUCACAAUUCUCUUGCAUAAUGUUUCAAAAAUGCAUGUGUACCUCAAUGGGACUAUCCCAUGCUGUGCUGUUUCAUAUAGCUGAUGCAAGUUUCCUCAAAUGUGAUCACAAGUAAGAAGUCCACUUGUUGUGCUUGCACGCAUAAAUAUCUGUCCUAGCAGGUACCUUUUGAGGCAACUAGACUAUAACGUUAUCAGAAAUUGAAUCCUUUGAGGGUUUACCUGGUUUUUAAUCACAUUGAUAAAAGCCUCUAACUUCUGUUUUCCGCUUAACGGUACAUGGCUUGGUUUGCAGCUGAUGAAAGGCCACCUUUGGAAGGUUAUGUGAAAUAGUUCUGAGCGAUUUGAGUUACAUUGCCAACAGUGAGGGACCUGAUCAUUUAACAAAUACUCUAGUGGGACAGGUCCUGAAUCAGGAACAUGUCUAAAUUGACUCAAAGAUGCAUGUAGUGUAGUCCUUUGUCAUGGUCACUGCCUUUUCUGCUCAUUUUAUGAUUGUGCAUGCCUUUUUGUUUCACCAAAGAGUGUUUUGUGUUGUAAAAUUUUGUUUUAUAAAACUCUCAGUAAUCCUCCAUUCAUAACACUCUGUGAUUUAAUAUGAUUUAGUUUUUUUACUCACAUUGUUGGUGCUGUAGUGAUGAUUAAGUACUAGGUCAAGAUAGAACGUAAACAUCAGAAGUUAUCCCGAUACAAUUUGUGUCAUUAGGAGUUAUAAUAACUGGAAGAGCCUAAGCGUUUUAUUUAAUUUAGUAUUUAUGUAAUGUCCUCUUUGAGAUACUGCUGGAUUCUUGAAAAAAUUUGGAACAUGAAUGUAGGACUUACAAUGUGAAGAACAAUUGUGUGUAUACAUGCAUAGUGAAAUGAUGAGUUAACUAGUUUUUUCUAUGUUAAACAUUUGUUGCUAAGCAAGAUUUUCAGUGGUAGGCUAAAUUGAAACUGGCUGUGACCAGAAAGCUUGAGUGGCCUUAAGAAAUAUUUUAUUGCGAUUUUGAAAUUGUUCCCAGGGAAAAGUUUUUUUUUUACGCCUGCACACUUUAUAGAACUAAUUUGAGGCACUAUUAGUCAAAUCAACAUGAUGUAAAAACAGUGUGCUUGCACCAGUCUUAAUCAUGAUUUAUAGCCUAUUCACCUGUGCGUAGAUAUGGGUGUGUGCAUGUUUCACUGUUGGGAAUAUUUUUACUCUUCUCCGUCUCUCCAUUAGUUCAGUUUAGGCCAGUAUUUUUGUCUCAUUUAUUUUUUAGCAUACCUUGUCUUAAAACUUGCCUUAAAGUAGACUGCAGCAUUUUGUUGUUAUUAGUCUCUAAGGUGUCCCAGUGACAUCCUAUAUUCUUCCAUACAGUUAGCCUGGAAGUCAGUAGCUGCAUGUUUGCAUUGUUUUUGUGUUUCCAAUUGCCUCUGUAUCAAGAACGUAGCUCUUUUACCAAGCCUUGUCUUAUGUUUCCCCAAGCCUCUCCACACUUGUCAUUGAUUUCACACUUGCUGAAUACUUGACAAAUAGAUGAUCCCGGUGUUGUAAAUCCCCUCACUCCUGAGGUUUCCCUCCAUUUUCCAUGCUGCUGGAAAACCAGCCAGGGGAGGUUACAAUACUUGAUAGUCAGCUGAUAGUAGUUUGGUUUAUUUGUUUUUUUAUAUAAAAAAGAAACAAUCCAUAAAUAAUCAGAAGCACCUUUUUGUUCCUUAGUUGAAAAACUGCAAAAAGAAAUGUCAAUCUUUUUGUUGGCUAAUCGAAAUCUACACAGUUGCGUGUGUAUAUACUGUACGGUACAAUAUCACACUUAUUGUAGUGUGACAGCGGUUGUUUUUUUUCAUCAAACUAUUGUUAUUAUUGAGGUGUUAGGUAUUUUUUAAUGGUUAAUUGUAAAGAAGACUGUGGCCUUUCUGCUGGGGAUGACAGCCAGACACACUGACUGUCAGGAAGAGAAAUGUGAUUAGCAGUGUAUGGAAUUCUUUACAUUUUAUAUUGUAUAAUUUAAGUAAGAAAGUGGGGUUUAAUCUUGAGAUAUUUGCUAAAUGAUUAAUAAAGAUUUGUAGCUUUAACAUUUUCCUCAGGAUCGGUUUUAUUUUAUUAUUUUUUAAAUUACCAUGAUUUAACUGGUUUAUUUUCAAAGCAUUUGUCUGUUAUUUGUGUGUAAUUUUGUUUUGAUUGAGUCAUUGUUGCCUUGGUUUGAAUACAUUUGUUUUACCAUUA